AUGCACUGCGAUAAAGCAUUUGGUUACACGCAUCUGCCUAUGGAACACAAUUCAGGUGAAACACUUGAACACACCCAGGUGCACUGCCGGCACGCAACUACGCUGAAAGCGCACGUGGAGCUGCAGUCGACUUUCACUGGACCGAAGCUCCCUGGCGAGCCAACAAGCAUGCAGGGAACUUGUUCAGUAGCUACAGAACGUUACGGCUUCGUCGCACCGAACCAGUUGCUUCAGCAGAACAAGCGCUGGCGAACGCAGGCUCUUCGGCGAGCAGGCGUCUGGGACGUUCCCGAGGCCGUUGUUUCACUGAGAACGUUUCGGGUUGCUCGGAACGCGGGCAGUGGGCGCGUGCCCCGGGCCGGCUUCAUACGUCGAGUGCUGGCACUCUCUGUGCGACACGCUCGGGAAGGGCAAACGCUUGACCCCAGCGCUGCGCCACGGUCCUCUCUAGAGUCGGGGACCUGGUUCAAGCUUAUUUGCGGAGCUUCGUUCAACGAGGUGACAGAGAUUGCUCCGCUCACGAGAGACUAUGCGCUAGCAGGUGCUGAUUGCGUAGACUGCGCGGCCGAGCCAGCCGUUGUUCAAGCAGUCCUGGACGGACUAGACGAGGCGGAGCGUCGGUGGCGGUGGACCCUCACCAGUGACUCGUCUUGCGCCCGUCCGGAUCGAUUGACGAAGAGCUUCGCACGUCCAUGGAUCAUGGUGUCAAUUACCGACGAUGAGAUGGAACCGCACUUUCGAAAAGCGCGUGUGCACGUCGACGCGCACGCACCUUGCUGGCAAUGCCCUGCUCCGUGUGCUCAACUUUGUCCAGCGGACGCCCUCACGUUGCCAGCGACGGCGAAAAACGUGAACCAAUUCCAAAUAUUCGGCAUUUCGAGCACCCGAUGUUAUGGUUGUGGGCGCUGCAUCCCCGCCUGUCCGUAUCAUUUGAUUGAGACGCACUCGAGCAAGCAGACCCCACAGCAAGUGAUGGCACUCGUGCGCAAUUAUCCCAUCGAUGCAGUCGAGGUUCACACGCGUGAUCCGCUUAGCGAGUCGUUUGCUGCCCUCUGGUACAGCGAAAUCGGGCGCACCCUGCGAGCGACGAUGAAACUCAUCGCGAUUAGCAUGCCGGAGCCCAAUGACUGGAGUGUUUUCGAGUACAUUGCGCGGCUCGUGUACGGGGCGCACGUCGACGAGUCGGGAACUGUGCAGGAGGCACCAGCGACGCCACCGAGUACGCCCAUUCUUCUGUGGCAGUGUGAUGGUAAGCCUAUGACCGGUGAUCUGGGUGCACCUGCCACCACUCGGGCGACCGUGCGCUAUGCCACCAGCUUAGCGGAAUACUUUCGAAGGAAUCCGCACUUGCUUGCCGCACGGGGAUUCAUUCAGUGUGCUGGCGGUACCAAUGCCCAUACGAUUCCGCUCCUUGAGGGCGUGGACGGGGUCCACGGGGUAGCUUACGGUGGCUACGCGCGUCGACUCGUUGCAACCGGCGGCUAUGAGGCUGCGCAACGGUUGGUACAGCAGGUGAAAACGCGCUUGGUAUCUCCGAAAGCUGCCAAUCGAGAAGCUGUGCAACCCGAAACGAGUCUGUAA